CAUAUUUUAACUCCAAAAUUUUAGUCCUAAAAAGUUAAAAAAACAAGGCUCCGAUCACUACACAAACAAGUCGACCGCUUCUUCUCUUCCUGCUACUUCGCCGAGAUUUGUCCAUGGCGGAGUCAUCGGGUACCACGCUCAUGGAUCUCAUAACCUCGGACAGUUCCUCGUCGAAGCCCACACCUGCGGCGUCGACCACGGCGCCGCCGCCAAUUGAUUCCGCGGCCUCAGUUACCCCGCCGGUGGUGGUGGAACGGAGGUCGAAGAAGGGGACUCUGAUGCAGAUCCAGAGUGAUACCAUCUCUGCUGCCAAGGCUGCUUUCAAUCCAGUUCGCGCCAAUAUUAUGCCCCAAAGGAAAAAGAAGAAGCUCUUGAUUUUUAAUUUUUGUAUUUCCACCCCACUUGAUUUUGAGAUAUGUGGUGAUAUGAGAUAGGAUUUGAUUCGCCUGAGCCAGUAUCUUAUGUCCAACUUGCAAGGAGUAUUCACGAGCUAGCAGCCUCGUCAGAUCAAAAAAGUUCACAGAGGCAAUUGGUGCACCAUGUAUUUCCAAAGCUCGCUGUCUACAACUCUGUGGACCCGUCUUUGGCACUGUCACUUUUAUUGGUACGAUUUUUCUAUAAGAACCAGAUGCUUGUGUGAAGAAAAACCUAGAGCUUAGUUUUGGCUAUUUGAUUAGACUUUGCUAUCAAGUUGAGCUUCCCAAAGUUCCUUUACCAAGUUAGUUAGUUUGUUGUGUAAGAAUUUUACUUUGGUCUUGUCCUAUGAUAUGGUAUCAAAAAAUUAGUUUCUACAGCGUACACAUCCAGAUAAUUAACUACUGAAGUGUACAUCAACUAACACUGAACAAACCAUCAUAACUAGGCAAGAAGAGAUCUAACUAAGACAAGCAACAACCAUAAAAAUGGUAAUGAACUUGAAUAUUGUGAAUAUAGCUGAUUUAUAUUAUCAAUGACUCCUUCUCAAAUACAAUGCCAUACUAACCAAAAUGAAAUGAGGAAACUGGCUUUUGAACCUAUAUGAUAAUUGUAAUCCAAAGUUAUUAAAGGCAAUGUAGAAAUCAGCUAGAAGAGCAGGCGCUGUGGGAACAGAAGCUUAUCAGUGGUUACCGAUGGGAAAUUGUAGAUGCUCGGGAAAUGCGGAUGAUGUUGCUGGUUGAAGCAAUCUCACAGGGGAUGAUGUUUAAGUUGCUUGGUAGUGGUAUAAUAGUAGGAGUUUGACGAGAGGGGUGUGUGCCUCUUGAGUCUGAUCCAAAGUUUCCAUUAUAAUCAACUGUGUUAUAUAGUUAUAUAGUAGUUAUUUUAAUUUUUACCAUUAAAUCUCUUUACUGUUAAGGAUGUAUUCAUCAUACCCUGAAAAAUUUACUGAUUCCAUUUCACUAACUGUUUGAACAUAGAGAUAAACCCAUGUGUUUAUGCAGAAAUGGUAAGCAAAUAAAUUCACAAGAUCUGCUAUCAGUGGGAAAAAUAUCAGUAAUUCCCUGGAAAAAUAUCAAUAAAAAUUGACAUGAUUUGCUGUUGCAGUGAUGAAACGAAUGGAGCUUUUUAAGCUCAAGAAGAAAAAACAAGAGCUAUUGAAACUUAAAUUUGUUUUUAUAACAAAUUCUUUACUUACUCCCUCCAUACCCAAAAAUAAUCUCCUUUUGCCAUUUUAGUCUGUCCCACAAAAUUAGUCCACUUUCUGUUUUUGGAAACCUUUUCACCACACAUUACACUAAUAUAAGGCAGGUUCCACUGACCACUAAUACUACUUCAAGUACUUUUCUCUUUUCCUCCGUACUUUACCAAUUUCCCAUUAAAACCGGUGCAGUCCCAAAAGUCCCUACUUAUUGUUAGUCAUCCAGUGCAUUUUUCAUGAUGUUGGCUGCAUAUCCGUAGUUUUCUGGUACUGUGCUUGUUUCCCUAAACAAUAUUUAAAAAUGACAGUAUGCGAAUAAGGAAACUGGGGUACAACUUAUGAUCCUUUAGUGUUUUCAUCUGUUUUUCAGUCAACGGAAAGGGGUAGUCAGGUUCUAAGAUCAAACUGAAAGUUUCAUUCAAUGUUGCUUGUCUAAAGGGAUCUACGAUGGUUGGUUUAUGUUUAAAAGAUUCGGAUAUCCAAAAUCUCUUGGAUGGGGGUCCACUGUCCAAGUGAAAUAAAAUAAUAAGAUGAAUGGUCUUAAUGGUCCCAAUCAAUAACACUAUUAGAAAAGAAGCUAAAGAUUUAGCUCUAAACAUUCUUGUUAUACAUUCGAGCAUUCAUCUAUGUCAUGAUUCAAGAGUCUUCCAGAAUAAACCAUGGCCAUACGUUGAUGUUGUGAUGUGAUGCACUUUACUCAGUAUUCAAGUUACUUUCACUAAGUUUCUUAAACUGGUCAAUCUUUGUUUUCUAUGAAUGAGAAGUGACUUAUCCUUUUGUUUAUUCCAAACUCUAGCUUGACCAGCAGUGUGAGGAUAAGAUUGUACUGCAGUAUGUCUAUUAUUACCAGGCAAGAAUUCUAUCAGAUUCUGGUUCACAAUGUUUAAGCCCUGGUGGUGGGAUGCCUACACUAAAUUGGGAUGCUCUGGCUGACAUUGAUGCAGUUGGUGGUGUGACGAGAGCUGAUGUUGUUCCCCGCGUAGUUGAGCGAUUAACUUCUGAAGCUUUAAAUGAAGAAGUUGAAUUUCAUCCACGUAGGCUGCAAGCGCUGAAGGCUCUUACUUAUGCUCCUUCAAGCGAAAUCCUAUCCAAGUUGUAUGAAAUUGUGUUCAGCAUUCUAGAAAAGGUUGGUGAACCUCAGAAGGGAAUUUUCGGAUUAAAGGGAGGUGAUAAGGAGGUCAUCCGAAGCAAUCUGCAAUAUGCAGCCAUAAGUGCUUUGAGAAGACUCCCUCUGGAUCCAGGAAAUCCUGCAUUUCUUCACCGUGCUGUACAAGGGUUAGCUUACUGUCUACAUAGUGAGGAUGUCUAGAGUUCAAUGGUCUUUAGUACUAGGCUGGUAGAUUUGGUUGGUGAUGUAUUUAAUCUUAAUCCUGAAUCCCUGAUUCAGCUUAAUGAAACUAUCUUCCAUCUUCA